GCACAAAGUUUCAGUACUUUGAAAGAGACGGAAAACACCUUGAAUUUUAUAUUUGGAUAGACUCAAAAAGCCAGCAGGAGGCCUCAAGAAAAGCAGAAAACAUGAAAUUCGGACGUUUUGCCCUUCUCUGUGCCCUUAUUAUGUUCUCUCAGUUGCUGCAAGCCAACUGUGAAAGACAGAAGGGGAGGAAAAAAGAAAGGCUGAACAGUGAAACAAGCGAACCAGAUAACCAGAAUGGAAGAGGGCAGAAAACACGAGGGCAGAAAGGUUCUCUUAAAGGCAAGUUUACCACCAAGGAGAAAGCUGUGUGCACAUGGACAGUAGAUGAAGCUGAAAUAGCGACCUUAAACAUUGAUUGCAAAAAAGAGGAAAGCACCUUCUCUUGUGAAUUUUCUGGCAACCCUUCCACCUGUCCAUCAUAUGCAGAAAACAAAAAGAAUUUCUGGAAGCAAAUCACAAGGUCUCUGAAGAAGAAGAAGAACAUCUGUGAGGACCCAAAGGGUAUCCUAAAAUCUAAAAUUUGUAGUAAAGGUCCUCCAUCUGCUCACCUUCGACUAGUAAACCAAGCAUCACAAAAACCCAAACAAGAGAAGCCCAUUCACCAUGGAAGGGAGACCUCUUUGGCACCAGCAACUCCUGUUGCAGCUGGACACCAGCCAGGGGAGGCAUCUAGUGACUGCGUUGAAGAAGUCGAUUAUAUUGAUCAGAGAAAGGUGGCUGAAGAAUACUGUUCGGAGACGUGGCUCUCUCUUUGCAACUUUUUCAUUUCAAUGAUACAGGAUAAAAAGUGCAAAUAGAAAAUGUAAGGAUGCUGACCAAAGUUCCUUGGUUUACUAGUGGUACAGCUCCAUAUCAGAUAGUACACAGAUAAUCCAUUAUAGAUAGCUGUCCACUACAGCUGGUCAACAAACAGUUUCCUUCAAAGGUUAGUCUGAUGACAGAGUAGGAGGGGCAUUCCCCUCUUAUACCCAAAAUGGACUUCAGACAAAUCCCAUGACUGUAACCAUGAAUCUCAUCCUGAUUCCUCUUACCUCCUUGUAAUAUUUGGAGAGGGAUUUAAAUGAUACCAUCCAAGAGGGUAGAUUUGACUGUGUGGCUGCUGGCUGCUGACUUCUGUAUGAUCAUUUGUGUAUGCAGAGGGCAUGGCCAAUAUGACCAUGUAAAGAUCUUCUCAAAGUUUUGGUUUUUCAUGAAAUCACCUCAGCCUACCAAAGAUGCAAAUAUGACACACUGUAUUUUCCUAGAGAGAAAUGCAUUUACAUAGCAUGUUAUUCGGAUGUUACCGUUGGAUGUUACAAAACUCUCUGUAAAAAUGUACAUAUCUUGCCUUCUGGAACGUUUCUCUCCCAUCCCCCUAAUUCACAUGUUUCUAACCAAAGUGAUUAUUCCAGUGCUAUGUCCUUUUUCAUACUUUUUACUUUAAAGAGGUUUUAAAUAAA